AUGGUGGCGGGGUUAACGCCGCCGAAUCCGGUAUUUCAAAGUAAAGAUGAGUUAAGAAUUGAGGCACGACGUCGUCGAGAAAUUGAACGUGCAAAGAAGCUUGGGCCUGGUCGCCUUCGUUUGAUCGGAGCGGAUAUUGCAGGGGUAAGGAAUCAACUUGAAGAGCGGCAACGGCAGAAUGCAGAGCAGUACGAAGCCAAACGGGCAAGUGAAGAGGAAGAUGCUGUCAUUCGUCAGUACUUGCUUCAAAUUGAGUCGGAAAAUGAAUUAGCAAAGCGUCGUGAGCAGCUGACACUGCGCAACGACUGGGAUCACCAGACUGCCAAAGCUUUCCAAGCACGAAAACAAGCUGCUGCUAUGCGAAAGGAGGGCAUCGAUCCUGAUAGAUGUGCACAAGGAGCUGCUCAGAAAUUUGAUGGUGAAGACAUCGCUCAGCUGGAACGAAUCCGCUUGCAGGCGAUGCAGAUGAAGCAAUGGUCGAUCAAAAAAAUGGCCGAGGAAGCACAGCGCAAUGCAAACGAGAAGGCAACACAGGCUGCGUACAUGGCUCAGCUUUUUGAAAUUGAGCAAUUGAUGGAAGAACUGCAUCGAGGUAAUGAGCGGGAACGAGCAGUUGCGUCUGCAGAGAUUAGUCGCUUUAAUCAACAGCUUUUAGCUCAGCAACGUCAAGCAGAAAUUAAUCGUCGUCAACAAGAGCAAGAAGAAGACGCUCGCGAGAUUCAGCUGACGUUACAGAGCAAUUUAGUGAGUGAAAAUCCAGAUCAGGCAUCACUUCCUGGGGUUCCACUUGAUCAUAGAAUUCGAGUUGACCACUGGAAGGGUUUGUCUGGAGAACAAACAAAGCGCUACCUACGACAGAAUGACGACAUUUUGCGUGAAAAGGCUUGUAAAAUACAGCAAGAAAGGGAGCAAGCUGAGAAGGAAUCUCAAAAUCAGCGCGAACUCCAGCGUGCGCUCGCGAUGGAAGAGUAUCGAACUCAGCAAAGACAGACGCAGCUAAAGCUGGACAUCCGUGCUACCCAUGAACAACAGAUCCAAGAGGCAGCAGAACGCGAAAAGAUUAAUGAACACGGCGCGCGUGGCAAGAUUGAGCCUAUCUUCUUUCAACGAUUUGGUCGGUCUUAUCGUUAG